UCUGUGAUUUUACAGAUCGCAACGCGCACCUACUGUUCACGGCGCAAUGCUGAAGAAACAACUUGUCCAGUGCGAGAAAGGGCGGAACAUCACGGUAUUCCUGCCCCGAGAUGGACGCGGCAAGCGGCUUCCGCAGAUCCCCGAUAGGGGCCUGCGGAAUAAAGUCGAGGACUGUGCAGAAAGCGAACACAACAUUCUGCUGCUCGAGGCACUCAACCUCCUAGUGGCAGUAGGCGAGCACCAGGCAUGUGCUCUUGACAGUGUGAGAGAGGUCCACAGGGCUGCUCUGCAACAGUGGUAUCGGUGCCCUCACUGCUCUCCUGUCGAGCCCCCAGAAGACACCUUAUAAAGGAGCUUUCAGUUCAUUAUUUUGUUUGUUAUUCAAGAACGUGAAUAAAUUAUUGCAGUAA